AUGGUAGUGUCUAAGUUGACCUGUUUGGCUUUGUGGGCGACCGUGGCUCUUGGAGAGCCAACGAUAACUGAAAUCGACGGCGACGAUGGACUGAUUACGUACGGCAUACACCAUCGUCCCGGACAGGUGCGGUGGUACCACUGGAACAAGGGACAGGUGUUGUGGGCUCUCCUCGGCCUGGCCUGCCUUCUUGGCGCCCUAACGUUCUGCUGCACACGCACCAACAGGCUAGACCAGGAAAGACCCGUCGUAUACGUCCAACCCGCACCCGCCACGGGUGCCGUCAGAACCACCACCGUACCAGUGGCUAACGUGGCCACUGGACGCACCGAUGUUGUCAACUAUGCCUAA